AAAGCUGAGUGUAAAGCUUGAGUCUCCUGCAGGAGCUGAGCUCCUUCACUCCUUCACUGCUUCACUCCCACUGUUCUGUUCACACAUCUGCAACUAAACGCUGUAGACGAGCAAUGGGUGUCCAAACAGAAUAACCAGGACUUCAGCAGGGUGACCAGGACUUCAGCAGAGCGACCAGAGCUCAGUAGAGUGACUAGAGCUACAGUGGAGUGACCACAACUUCAGCAGAGCAACUAAUACUUCGGAUUAGUGUGGCCAAGAUUUCAUGGGGUGACCAGGACUUCAGCAGGACAGCAGUGGAGUGACGAUGACUUCAGCAGAAUGACCAUGUCCGUGGGAUGACGUGACCUUUUCGCCUUAAAAAUGUAUUUGUUUUAGGUUCAGUGAUAAGAUUAAAACUGAAACUGUUUAUUAAAUCUCUAAUCUGUUGCACGACUGAAACUCGAAACAUAAUUAAUGUCGAGCAGAAGUAAAAUUAUCAUUUGAAAAUCUGUUUAUGACCAUGAUUCAGCUGUUCAUUUGUGUGAUUUAGCUGUUCAUUAAAAUGAUUUAGCUGUUACUUAGUGUGUUAUGCCUGUUUGCGUGUGAUGUAGCUCUUAAUCUGUAUGAUUUAGCUGUUUAUUAGUGUGAUUUAGCUGUUCAUUAAACCGAUUUAGCUGUUUAUCUGUUUGAGUGUUAUGUAGCUGUUCAUUAGUGUGUUAUAUCUGUUUGAGUGUGAUUUAGCUGUUCAUUAGUGUAGUAUAUUUUUUGACUGUGAUAUAGCUGUCCAUUAGUGUGAUUUAGCUGUUCAUUAGUGUGUUAUAUAUGUUUAACUGUGAUUUAGCUGUUCAUUAGUGUGUUAUAUCUGUUAUAUCUAAAUCUGUAUGAUUUAGCUGUUUAUUAGUGUGAUUUAGCUGUUCAUUCAACUGAUUUAGCUGUUUAUCUUUUUGAGUGUUAUGUAGCUGUUCAUUAGUGUGUUAUAUCUGUUUGAGUGUGAUUUAGCUGUUCAUUAGUGUAUUAUAUUUUUUUGACUGUGAUUUAGCUGUCCAUUAGUGUGAUUUAGCUGUUCAUUAGUGUGCUAUAUCUGUUUAACUGUGAUUUAGCUGUUCAUUAGUGUAUUAUAUUUUUUGACUGUGAUUUAGCUGUCCAUUAGUGUGAUUUAGCUGUUCAUUAGUGUAUUAUAUUUUUUUGACUGUGAUUUAGCUGUCCAUUAGUGUGAUUUAGCUGUUCAUUAGUGUGCUAUAUCUGUUUAACUGUGAUUUAGCUGUUCAUUAGUGUAUUAUAUUUUUUGACUGUGAUUUAGCUGUCCAUUAGUGUGAUUUAGCUGUUCAUUAGUGAGCUAUAUCUGUUUAACUGUGAUUUAGCUGUUCAUUAGUGUGUUAUAUCUGUUUGAGUAUGAUUUAGCUGUUCAUGUGUUAAAUCUUUUUGACUGUGAUUUAGCUGUUCAUUAGCUGUUCAUUACUGUGUUAUAUCUGUUUGAGAGUGAUUUAGCUGUUCAUUAAUGUGUUAUAUCUGUUUGACUGUGAUUUAGCUGUCCAUUAGUGUGGUUUAGCUCUUCAUUAAAGUGAUUUAGCUGUUCAUCAGUGUGUUGUAUCUGUUUGAGCGUGAUAUAGUUCAUUAGUGCUAUAUCUGUUUGACUGUGAUUUAGCUGCUUAUUAAUGUGUUAUUACUGUUCAGUACUGCUGUAUCUGUUCAGUAGUGUGUUAUAUCAGUUUAUGAGUGUGAGUUAAUUGUUUAUAAGUACAUUAUAAUUGUUCAGUGCUGAAGUAUCCAUUCAGUAGUGUGUUAUAUCAGUUUAUGAGUGUGAGUUAUCUGUUUAUAAGUGUGUUAUAACCGUUCAGUGCUGAUUUAUCUGUUCAGAAUACUCUUUGAUCUGGUGUAUUUGGAUUGUGCUCCUGACACUGUAUCAGUAUGAUGCAGUGAGUGGGCGUGGUUUGUGCUAUGUGGCCCCGCCCCUCUCUCUAUGGGCUGUAAGGCUGCUCUCUCACUCAGAGCUCUGAGCUGAGGAUGGACUCACACAGCAGAUCAGGGCUGAUGAAGAGCUCUCAGGUAAGACUCACCUGUUCACACCUGCACUGACACAGACUCACUCAGCAACACUGGGGAACCGGAACACCGCGGAACCGGAACACUGAAGAACCGGAACGCUGAGGAACAGGUACUCUGCUGCCUGUGAUGUGCUGCAUGUGUACGCUGAUGCUGUGAGGUGUUUGGCUGCUGAGCGUGUGUCACAACCCCAGUGGUCCUGAUUUGAGUCCAGCAGACCGGAAGUGCCCCUCUAAGUGAGUCAGUGUUUGUCCCCAUGAUGGCCGGUGAGGCUGACAGCGCCGCCCUGCUGGCUGCUCAGAGGAAGUCGUCUCCACUCAGGUGCGAGGGUGAGCUGGGCGGCGGCGCCCCCUACAGCGCAGACGGACUCAGUGCCGGACACUUCCUACCCGCUCCCUGCGCCCCCCCACCCGACGGCCUGCGCUCCUUCCUGCCCUACAGCGGGGCCAGCGGGGUGGUCAGCGGGGGAGCAGAGGGGUCAGAGGGUUCGCAUUACGUGGCGGCCUCCGUCCACUACAGCCCCGCCCUGCCCGCGCUGUCCGGCCCCGCCCCCGCCUUCCCCCCCUCCGUCCGGCUCCAGCUUAGCGGCAUGUACCAGCAGUAUGAGGGGCCAGGGACCCCCAGGGGCCGCGCGCAGGUCUACCUCUGUAACAGAGCACUGUGGCUGAAGUUUCACAGACACCAGACCGAGAUGAUCAUCACCAAACAGGGCAGACGGAUGUUCCCGUUCCUCAGUUUCAGUAUAGCCGGUCUGAAUCUGGCAUCUCACUAUAACGUGUACGUUGAGAUUGUUCUGGCAGACCCGAAUCACUGGAGGUUCCAGGGAGGAAAGUGGGUGACCUGUGGAAAAGCCGACAACAACAUGCAGGGGAAUAAAGUCUACGUCCAUCCAGAGUCUCCAAACACAGGAGCUCACUGGAUGAGGCAGGAAAUUUCAUUCGGCAAAUUAAAACUGACCAACAACAAAGGAGCAACGACCAGUAACGGUCAGCAGAUGAUCGUUCUUCAGUCUCUACAUAAGUACCAGCCCAGACUGCACAUUGUGGAGGUUCUGCCGGAUGGAGCCGAUGACGUGAGAAGAGAACCUCCCUCUCAGAUCUUUGUCUUUCCAGAGAGCCAGUUCAUCGCAGUGACCGCGUACCAGAACACUGAUAUCACCCAGCUGAAGAUUGAUCACAACCCUUUUGCAAAAGGUUUUAGAGAUAAUUAUGACUCGAUGUACACGGCCCCUGAGGGUGAGCGUCUGACCCCAUCCCCCACUGAUUCCCCCCGCGCCCACCAGAUCGUCCCCACUGGCCGCUACGCCAUGCAACCGUUUCUGCAGGAGCACCACCUGGGGAACCCGCCACAGACCCGCUUUUACAGCAGUGAGAGGGCCGUGCCUCAGACCGCCCGCAUGGAGGACUGUGGCGCCCCCCACAGGUGGCUGGUGACGCAGCAGGGCGGCUGCAGCAAGCUGGAACUGACCGCUUAUGAGGGAGACUACUCCAGUGGCCUGCUGCCCGCCUACACACUAAAGUCCCUGCAGGGGGCGCACUCUCUGGGUUACUACUCCGACUCGGCCUUCACUUCGGUGGCCGCGGGGUGGGGAUCGAAGGUCACUUACCAGAAGAAGGUGGCCCCUGGCCUGCCCUGGUCACCCCGGCCAAACCCUAGCGAAUUCUCGGACAGUCAGUUGGCCGAUAAGGACAGGGUCCAACAGGAGGAGCUAUGUCCAGCCCCGGCGUGGGUGGACACUGCGCCGUUCCUAAAGCCACUGGACACGGACACUGGCGUUUAUUCGGUGGUCUGUAAACGGAGGCGGCUGUCCAGCCCUGAAAGCUCACCUGCGGUCAAAUGCGAAGAGUCCAGGGGCCUGGACGCUUUCAGCAAAGACACAAAGAGCUACUGCGCCUUCUACAGCGCCACCUAGAAGAACACACACAUACACACCACACAAACUGUGAGCUGAUAAAAACGCGUCCUCACUUUAUUUUAUACAUGACACCCCUAUUAAAGCACUCAACCCUCACAUCCCUCAUUUUUACAAAUUAAUGUGCUUAUUUAUUACCAAUAUGUGUCGUGUGCACGUGAGAUGUGCCUGUAUUCAGAGUCAGAGUCCCAGAAGCAUCACUGGUGCUGUUUUCUUUAUUCUGCAUUGUGUAAAAAUCUGUAUUAAAAGCUUCCCAUCAUGCUUUUGGA